AUCAAUAAUAUCCAAACCAUUUUGUCUAAUUUGGCCUGUAACUUCUCGAAUCUGAAUUUUUCUACUCGAAAAAACCCUAAAAUUCGAAAUUGGAUCCAAAAUUGGGGGUUUUGCAAAUCUUCAUCAAAUCUUGCAAUUGAGGGGUCCUUGGAGGUCGCCCGGAUGUCACGAGCGCAUUGGAGUUGGUUCCCGCCGUCAAUUUCGCCAGAUUUACCCGGAAAACGCUCCGACCCGCCAGAAACCGCCGGCGGGUCGGAGCGUUUUCCGGCCAACUCAGGCCAAGCAAAAGAAAAACCAAUGGAUUAGGCCUGAAGGGAAGCCGGUCGAACAGAACAAGAAGAAGAAACCACCCGGUAAAGAGCAUUUGCAGGAGACCAGGUCGUCUAGAAACAAAUGAGGUUUGUGGUAGUGAACAUCAAAUGUGUUCAUAACGCCAUCCUAGGCCGACUUGGAAUAAACAAGGUCCGUGGAGUCAUCUCCAUGGCCCACCUCUGCAUGAAAUUCUAUACCAACAAUGAGGCGGAGUAUGAGGCACUAACCGGAGGCCUCAGACUAGCCCAGGCACUCGGAAUAAAGAGAAUAAGAAUUCGUUCCGACUCAAGUCUUGUAGUUGGAAAGAUCAAUGGCGAGAUGGAGGUCAAAGAGGAGCGUCUGGCCCGGUACGGUGACCUGGUCCGAGCACUUCUAAGGGAAUUGGAAGAGUUUCGUCUGACUAGGAUACCCCGGUCGGAGAACACAGACGCUGAUAUGCUUUCGAAGUUAAUGCAAUCAUGCCCGGAGCAUGUGUCGAAGUUGGCUAAAAUUGAAAGUUUAGAUCAACCAAGUACUGAUCGGUUUGAAAUCGCGGCUAUCCAACCGGGCCAGAAUUCGGCAACCGGGAUAAUCGGAGCAGAUGAUGACUGGAGGUACGAUAUCAUGGAAUAUUUGGAGACCGGUCAGAAACCGGAUGACGAGGAACGGGCCAGGAAGGUCGUUCUGCGGGCUCCCCGUUUUCAGGUAAUCGAUGGUCACUUGUACAAACGUGCCAUUGGUGGACCUCUCCUACGUUGCCUUACCAACCCGGAGGCUGAACGGGUAAUAACUGAGGUGCAUGAGGGUGUUUGUGCGGCCCAUCAAAUGUCUCGCACCCUGGCUCAAAGGAUAAUAUUGCUUGGCUACUACUGGCCGACCAUUGUGGGGGAUUGUGAGCGGUAUGUCCAGAGAUGUAGGACGUGCCAGGUUUUUUACAAACAUCCCGGCAGACCGGCCACAUACUACCAACCAACGUCUAAUGUCAUACCAUUUUCCCGGUUUGGGAUUGACAUUAUUGGAGCCUUCCCUUUCGCCCAAGGCGGGAAGAAGUUCGUGAUGGUGGCUAUUGAUUACUUCACUAAAUGGGUCGAGGCCGAGGCAAUGGCUACCAUAACCGUGCGGCAGUGUGAGAAAUUUGUUUGGAAAAACAUUAUCACCCGGUAUGGUGCCCCGAAGAUGAUUGUUACCGACAAUGGUCCGCAGUUUCGUAACCCCCGGUUCAUUGAGUACUUGGCUAGUUUUGGAAUCAAGCACAGCAACCCCUCAGUAGCUUAUCCACGGGGAAAUGGCCAAGUUGAAAAUGCUAACCGGACGAUAGUGGACGGCCUAAAGAAGAGGUUGGGUGAAGAAGGCCAUAAAUGGUUGGAAGCUUUGCCUCACACGGUCUGGGCGUAUAGAGUGACUUCAAGAAGGGCAACCGGAGAAACUCCAUUUGUGCUCACCUACGGAUGUGAAGCCCGGUUGCCUAUUGAAGCGGAAAUUCCAAUAUUUAGAGAAACCUUGUACCAGCCCGGUCAGAACGAGGUCGACCACCUAGCGGAGUUAAAUUUGGUGGAAGAACGAAGGACCCUAGCAGCUGUCAAGAUGGCCGGUUACCAGCAGUCGGUAAAGAGAUAUCACGACAACCGGGUGGGCCCACGAUACUUCCAAGUGCAUGAUGAGGUCUUGCGCAGACGGGAUGAUAGUAAACCUAACGAGAGAGGCAAGUUGGUGCGAAAUUGGGAAGGACCCUAUCGCAUAAAGGCGAUCAUCCGGCCGGGCACUUACCAACUGGAGACUAUGGAGGGUUGCCGGGUUGACCGACAUUGGAACUCUCAUCACUUGCGUAAAUUCUUUAGAUAAAGUGUAAUGAGUUCUCUAGGUGUUAAUAAAAACUUUGUUCUUUU